AUGAAGGAACGCCUCAGAAGCAAGGUGUGGUGGCCUGGGAUUGAUAGGGAAGCAGAUACAUUUGUUCACACCUGCGACGAGUGUCAGAAGGUUGUAAGUUACUUCAGCAAAUUCAUCGAGUGCAAGGUCAUGAAGAAGACCACAGCUGAAGCUACGACGGCAUUCCUGCAAGAAGUUUUUGCGAGGUUUGGCUAUUGUUAUUCAAUAACAUCCGACAAUGGUCCUCCUUUCAAUUCUGAAGAGUUUUCAAAUUUCUGUAAAGAGUUAGGUAUCAUUCAUUACACCACUCCACCUUAUUGGGCUCAAGCCAAUGGAGAUGUAGAAAGACAAAAUCGCAGUAUUAACAAGAUUAUCAAAAUUGCUAUUCUGAAAGAUAAAAACUACAAGCGGGAGUUGAACAAUUAUCUCCUGAUGUAUCAUUCAACUCCUCAUUCUGUAACUAACAAAAUUCCAACGAUGAGAGAACGGAUCGAAGUUCCAGGUGUUCGAGAACGUGAUGCAUACCAAAAGGCGAUGUCAUCAGAAAGACACAAAUAUGACUCAGUUCCUGACAAAGCAUUUGAAGUUGGAGACGAAGUUUUGGCGAAAAGACCUUUUAGUCAUCUUAAAUCUGAUUCCAAGUUUGAAGGGGAUACAGGAACAGUUACAUGA